AUGAGUCUCGAAUGCACCAUAUCUCCUCCUGCUGGUAAUCUUUCUUUCCUCAAACUACUCGAUCUUAGCUACAAUAGCUUCUACGGUCAUCUAACAUAUGAAAAAGGCUAUUUGCAUCGCCUAAAAACCCUUUAUUUGUCUGAUAAUAUGCCAGAAGGAAGCAUCCCACUGGGUUUACUCCACUGUCAAAGGCUUGAAAUGAUAUCUCUUUGGGGUAAUAAAUUUAGUAGUAGAAUUUCGAAAGAGUUAAGCACCUUAUCCUCUCUAAGUUUCCUUGCUCUCGGACAGAAUGAACUUAUAGGUACUAUUCCACCUUUAUUUGGCAACAUUUCAAGCUUAGAAGCGUUUGGGCUAGAAAUGAACCACAUUUAUGGAAACAUUCCAACUAAAUUGGCACAACUUCCAAAUUUGAAGAUAAUUGACCUUGGAUUAAAUUAUCUCACAGGUGCAAUACCUUCUGCAAUUUUUAACAAGUUUUCAAUGGUUCAAAUUGUCUUGAAUUUUAAUGCCUUUUCUGGAAACCUUCCAACAAAUAAUGGCCUUUUUCUUCCUAAUCUUGAAUUACUCCUUUUGGAUCUCAAUCAACUAUCUGGAAACAUCCCUUCAUCUCUCUCCAAUUCUUCUAAGCUCACUAUGCUAACACUAGCUACCAACUUGUUUACUGGAUCAAUACCAAAACAUUUGGGCAAUCUAAAACACCUAGAACAUUUGAAUUUAUUUCAAAAUCAACUGACAAACAAACCAGGAAGCAUGGAACUUAGUUUUCUCACAGAUUUGACAAAUUGUACUUCCUUGGUGGUGUUGGAGGUGCAUCGAAAUAAAUUGAGUGGCACCCUACCCAAUUCUAUUGGAGAUCUUUCAAACUCUUUGGAAAUACUUUCUGUAUCUAAAAACCAACUAAUUGGUACAAUUCCUAAAGAGAUUGGCUCUUUGAGGAAAUUGAAUGUCCUUUCAUUGUCUUUCAAUAAUCUGAAUGGAAACAUCCCCUCAACUCUUGGAGAAAUUAAAAGCUUGCAAAGGUUGUAUCUUGGUGAUAACAACUUUCAUGGAUCAAUUCCAAAUGAGAUUUGCCAUUUGAGCAACUUAGGGAAACUUUAUCUAGAGCUAACUAACUUAUCUGGAUCAAUCCCAAGUUGCACUGAAAAUCUUAGAAUUGGAAGCCUAGAUCCAAACAUAAGACCAUCGAGAGUGUUGGAAAUCGUGGAUUUAUCUUGGAAUCAAAUCUCAGGAAGCAUUCCAAGAGUUAUUGGGUCUUUUCAAUGCCUAACUUCUUUGAACCUAUCUAGGAAUUCAUUCUUGGGACCCAUUCCCAACACAAUAGGCAAUUUGAUAACAUUGGAUUUCUUGGAUCUUUCACACAACAAUCUAUCUGGGCAGAUACCUAAGUCUCUUGAGGCACUUUCACAUAUCCAAUACAUGAAUUUCUCUUUCAAUAAGUUGGUUGGGGAGAUUCCAAAUGAAGGGUCGUUCUUGAACCUCAAAUCAUGGUCUUUCACGGAGAAUGAAGCACUUUGUGGGAAUCCUAUUUUGAAAGUGCCACCAUGUGCAAGCAAUAGUUCCAAGAAGUUGAUGAUUAAAAUUAAUCUUCGAUACAUUCUUCCUGUCAUUGCAUUGAUACUAAUCUUUUGUAUUGGUGUGUAUGUCGUGAAAAGAAAUCAUGGAAACAAUGUCCAGAGUCAAAAUCUAAUAGAUUUAUAUUCAACAAUGGAGCCCAAAAUGAUUUCAUAUCUAGAGCUUCUACAAGCCACAAAUGACUUCUGUGAUGCCAACUUGCUUGGACUCGGUAUAUGA